AGCGGGUGGAGCUGGUCAGCCAGGGAGGGUAGUGAGGGGCUAUAAGCGGGCCUGGUGCUCAGAGAGCACAAGUCUCAGCUAGGAAGACACGGCGCUGGAACCCAUGGACACUUCAUAUCCCCGUGAGGACCCCCGGGCCCCAUCAUCCCGCAAGGCUGAUGCUGCAGCCCACACGGCCCUCUCUGUGGGGACACCCGGCCCUACGCCACGAGACCAUAUGCUCUGGUCUGUCUUCAGCACGCUGUACCUGAAUCUGUGCUGCCUUGGUUUCCUGGCGCUGGUCCACUCUGUCAAGGCCCGAGACAAGAAGGUAGCCGGGGACCUGGAGGCUGCAAAGCAGUAUGGCUCCAAAGCCAAGUGCUACAACAUCCUGGCUGCAAUGUGGACACUGGUGCCCCCAUUGCUGCUCCUGGGACUGGUGGUGACUGGCGCCUUGCACCUGUCCCGGCUAGCCAAAGACUCUGCGGCUUUCUUCAGCACCAAGUUUGAUGAGGAGGACUAUAACUGA